AUGAUACACAAGGGGCUCAGUGCCGACGUAAUAAUUACAAGACCUAUCAAGGUCUGUCUCAUCGUCACCAUUGCUUGCACUCCCAACAUUUACGCAGGAGGGGAAGAAGUGGAUGAGGGGGGCAGUACAAUGGCGCUUGGCCAGCCAGAUAUCAGUCUUAUGUAUGCGCCUACCCAUCCGACCCAACCUUACUCCUGCAGCGGAAAUAUGUUCCAGGACCAAUCGGCGGGCUAUCUAGCAACAACCACUUGCACUGUGUCCUAUCAUCCCCCGCCCUCAUACAGCUCGACUGCUAAAGCGACUGUUGAUGGCUCUGCUCUUCUCUCCAUCAUGCCUGAGUACGGAGGCUUCUACCAGCAGAGCUGUCAAAGAGAAAGCCUGGCAGGCAUCCCGGAGCUGAAGUAUCAGAUGGACUCUCUGAGGUUUCCCCCACCUCUCACCCCACUCAACACAAUAAAGAACUUAACGCUCAGGGCACCAGCGCCGGCCAUCGAGAACCCCAUGGCCGCCGCUUUCAGUGGCCACCAGAACCUCCCUCUUAGACCAAUUCUGAAACCGAGAAAGUACCCCAACCGACCGAGCAAGACCCCAGUCCAUGAAAGGCCAUACCCGUGUCCUGCUGAGAGCUGUGACCGAAGAUUCUCACGGUCAGACGAGUUGAACAGACAUCUUCGCAUCCACACCGGCCUCAGACCGUUCCAGUGUCGGAUCUGCAUGCGGAGCUUCAGCCGCAGCGACCAUCUCACCACGCACAUCCGCACGCACACCGGGGAGAAGCCCUUUUCAUGCGACCAGUGUGGGAGGAAGUUUGCAAGGAGUGACGAGAGACAGCGACACAUGAGAAUUCACCUCAGACAGGCGGACAAAAAGCUGUAAGUUAUUAUCACAGCCACUGAGCCACAGCAGGCCAUACAACCACUUCCCAUUACAGUUCAGUGCGGGAACGUUCUGUGAUGCAGGAUCAUACGCUUUAAUGUGCAGCUACAA